GACAAGUGUUGGAUAACCGGAGUCGGGCUCCUUGGAGUUUGUCAUCUAUAACAGAUUUCUUCUGGUCGAUAGCAGAUUUUGUGGUUCUGUUUUUCCAGAGCAUUAUUCAACCAGAUUUGAGAAGAAGAGGCUACACAUCUUCCUCCAGUUCAGGAUACAAUGAUGGAAGAGGGCCUCCAGCUCAUCCUCGCCGUAGGAUGGGUCGGAUAAAUCACGGGGGUCGGGGCCCCAGUCCACCACCAAUGGCUGGAGGUGGAUGAGGAAGGUAAACACCUGCUGAAGAGGCAGACAAAAACAUACACAUUUGCAAGACAAAAAGGAAGAAGAGUUAAGCGGUGGACCAAAUGAAUGUGAAUGUCAUGAAUGUGUAUGUCUAACUGGGAACUGUUCUGUGAUGCAAGCAGACUAAUGACGUUGUACUGGGAACUCCUUCUUCAAGGAUCCAGUGUAACUGAAUUGCAGUUCUCUUAAAUCCAUGUUUACUGUCUAAAGUCUUUGUAUAGUUUCUGAACACUUUACUGUAGCUACAAAGUAAUAACUAAAUUAUAUCUGGCUUGUCACAA